CUGACGGCAUCCAUGUCCAACUGCUUGUCAUAUAUAAACAGCUGAUCGGAUCCAAGAUAGCGAAAGUUGUUGUUUUGAGUUUUUGACGGAUUGUUUUGAAACGUUUCUUCGAAAAGGAAAUAAACGCUGUGACGGAAAGCCUACUUCUACUUAUAUUACAAGAUGGACCGUGUACGAAAUGAUGCGACUGCUAGUAGGCCAUCUGUUUUUCCAAGAAGACCGUGGAUGAUGAGUCUUGGAGCAGCCGCGGCUGGUGGCGAAGGAAAUAAAGGAUUAAAAGGCAUUGUUGCAGGUGGUAUAACUGGUGGGAUUGAAAUUUGCAUUACAUUUCCAACUGAGUUUGUCAAAACUCAACUGCAGUUAGACGAGAAGGGUGGAAAGCGGCAGUAUGAUGGAAUUGUCGAUUGUGUGAAAAAAACGGUACGGGGGCAUGGCGUUUUCGGUCUUUAUCGUGGCCUAUCAGUUCUGCUUUAUGGCUCCAUCCCAAAGUCUGCCGUUAGAUUUGGAGCUUUCGAAGAAUUUAAAAAACGCAGUGUCGAUGCCAAAGGAAACUUGACAGCUGGUCAGCGUCUUCUGUGUGGUUUAGGCGCUGGUGUAGCAGAAGCUAUUUUCGCUGUAACGCCCAUGGAGACCGUAAAGGUCAAAUUCAUCAACGAUCAACGAUCUGCCAAACCCCAGUUCAAAGGUUUCUUUCAUGGCGUACGAACCAUCAUCAAGAAUGAAGGAAUUCGAGGGACUUACCAAGGUCUGACUGCCACCAUCAUGAAGCAAGGUUCUAAUCAAGCAAUCCGCUUCUACGUGAUGGAGACGUGUAAAGACUGGUAUCGCGGAGGAGAUUCGAAGAAGUCUGUGCCAAAACUGGUGGUGGGUGCCUUCGGUGCCGUCGCUGGAGCUGCAUCCGUGUUUGGCAACACCCCGAUUGACGUCGUAAAGACUCGCAUGCAGGGUCUGGAAGCUUCCAAGUACAAAAAUACCAUGGAUUGCUUCACCCAAAUUUGGAAGAAUGAAGGUCCAAGAGCUUUCUACAAGGGAACCAUUCCGCGGAUGAGCCGUGUCUGCCUCGAUGUGGCUAUCACUUUCAUGAUUUACGAUUCUUUUAUGGAGCUCUUCUCAAAAGUUUGGAAGUAAUAGGUGACAGGUCUCCAGUCGACGAGGAAAUGUACCGCUUCGUCUUCGUGGUGUCACAGCUAAGUUUGUAGUUUUGAUGGUAAAGAUCCAGAGCUCCCCAGCUUUUUUUUGUUUUUUUUUUUAUCUAUUUUGUUUGAUUUUUUUUUUUUUGGGGGAGGGUCCUUUAUUUUCCCUGGUUAACAGUCUACAUGCACAAAAUCAAAGUUUUUAGAUUGCUAAACGGCCGGCGAUUUUGCUGGUAGGAUAAUCUCGUCGCUGUUGUGUUUUAGGUACGUCAUAGAUAUUUUACAAAUUCUCAGAAAAGGGUUGUGGGGAAUCUAUUCAAUGUUGGGUUUUAUUCCAGAAAAUGCGAACUAUAUCUUUUCAUUCUGUAUAAGCAUUCCGAAACCCGGUAAUCAGUGUCUGCUGUCCUUUUUCUAAAGUAAUUAUGUUGGAUGUUACAAUUGUUCUGCACACACCUCAUAACGAUACCGCACAGCCGUCCCUUAUUGGAAUUGCAACUAAGUGUUGAACAUUUAUAUACACUGUAUUAUUGCCGCGACGCUACAAUACAGCAAUGAAAACGA